AUGUGCAGACCAGGGCUGACAACGUGCAGUGGUAGUUCACUAGCUAAGCCCAAGUUGCCGCUGCUGCUGCCGCUGCUGCCGCUGCUGCUGCCGCUGCUGCCGCUGCUGCUGCCGCUGCUGCUGCCGCUGCUGCUGCCGCUGCUGCCGCUGCUGCUGCCGCUGCUGCCGCUGCUGCUGCUGCUGCUGCCGCUGCUGUUGCUGCUGCUGCUGCUGCUGCUGCUGGGGCCGCCUACGGUGUACGGCGUGCAGCGCGACGGGCCUAGCAAAUGGGAGGUGGCCAAGGAGGCGCGGGGCGUGGCGCAGGAGGCCCUCACAGAGGCGGAGCGAGGCAUCAAGGGUUUGUCCGGGGCAGCGGCUGCCAAGGCUGGCGCGUCAGCCUCAACAGCAGCCGCGGCGGCGGACCCUCUGGCUUACGGCAUUACUUCAGAGCUGCAGCAGUUUGUGUCGAGCCUCACUUACAGCACUUUCAGGUGA